AUGAGUAGCAUUCCGUAUCUAAAGAAUCUAUAUCCGGAUCCUUCGAACAAACUUUUUGACGACCUGCGGAUAUGCUCGAGGGUGAUCGACUCAUGCGGCAUUGCGUGUAGCUCGGGGUUCGUAGCGGUGCCCUGGGAAGUGGAGGGUGGCGGGCUGAUAGGAGCCAUUCGUCUGGAGAACCAAAUGCGGAAACCGCCAGUGAUAAAGCUGAAGGGGCACACGUCAAGCAUCUUGGACCUUCAGUUCAACCCCUGUUUCAGUGAAAUUUUGGCAUCAGGUUCAGAAGACCUAACAGUACGUGUGUGGGAGAUACCGCAUAAUGACGAGUCUGUCAAAGAAAUAAAAGAUCCACAGUGUAUUCUCAAAGGACAUAAAAAAAAAAUAUCCAUCAUAGAUUGGAACCCAAUGAACUAUUAUAUCAUGUGUUCAAGUGGAUUCGAUUCCUUUGUGAAUAUAUGGGACAUAGAAAAUGAGAAGAGAGCAUUCCAGAUAGUAAUGCCAAAGAAAUUAUCUUCCUUGAAGUGGAAUAUCAAGGGAAACUUACUAAGCGGUACGUGUGUAGGAAAACAUAUGCACAUUAUAGAUCCGAGAAAAAGAGAAAUUGCUUCUAGUUUCCACAUUCAUAGUGGUGGAAAGAAUACGAAAAAUAUAUGGAUAGAUGGAUUAGGUGGGGAUGAUAACUAUAUUUUGAGUACAGGUUUUUCUAAAAAUAAUUUCAGAGAAAUGAAAUUGUGGGAUUUAAGGAAUACCACUUCUGCUUUAGUGACUAUGUCUAUAGAUAAUGCAUCUGCUCCAUUGAUACCACAUUAUGAUGAAAGUACUGGACUUAUAUAUAUUAUUGGAAAGGGGGAUGGCAAUUGUCGGUACUAUCAGCAUUCCCUUGGAAGUAUACGUAAGGUAAACGAAUACAAAUCCUGUUCUCCAUUUAGAUCAUUUGGUUUUUUACCAAAACAAAUUUGUGAUGUAUAUAAGUGUGAAAUUGGGAGGGUAUAUAAGAACGAAAAUAAUAGUAGCAUCAGACCCAUCUCUUUUUAUGUACCUAGAAAGAAUCCAACGAAAUUUCAAGAGGAUUUGUAUCCACCUAUUCUACUGCACGAUCCUGAAAAUUCCUCCCGAAACUGGAUUAAAGGGAAAGACAACAAAAUGAGUCGCAUAAAUAUAAAGGAUUUAACAGAGGAUGAUUUAAGAAUUACUAAAAAGUAUAAAUUCGUACCGCAGUCUUUUAAUAGUAUCAUUAUAGGGGAAGACUACACGAGUAAGAGAACUUCAAUCAUUAGACAGCUUACAAAGAAAUUUACUUUUUUUAAAAAGGGUAUCCACAAUGAUGGUUUUUCCUCCGUGAAUAGCUUCAAGGAAUCUGUUUUUAUUUACCCUAAGAGCUUUAAGGAGAAGUGGUUGCUCACUGAGAAGGGCGGAGCUCAGUUCUCGUCGAACAAUUCCCUGGAGAGGGGUGCGGCGGAGGAAGCGGAAGAGGGACAGCAGACGGGACAGCAGACGGGACAGGAAACGGGACAGCAAGAUGAGCUGGAGGAGUUCCCUUUGGAAAGCGAACAGCCGUGCGACGGGGAGAGCAGGGGAACAAGCGAGUUGCCCGUUGGGCUGUCGAGGGGGAAGACCCAGCGAGCGGGGGGCUCGAAUUGUUUCAACGGGCUGCGGUGUGCGCGCCUGUGCAGGGGUAAGUAA